AUGCUUAUGUAUGCAGUUUCAUCGUGCGGGUUUCCUGGUGUCCCUGCGCACUGCUCGGUCUCGUUCUCAGAAGAAAAGUACGUUUCCGGGACUGUGGCGACCUACACUUGUGACAGGGGCUUCGAAUUAUUGGGCCCAUCUCGACGUAUAUGCGACGGCAACGGGCGCUGGUCACCAGAUGGCAUACCGUUUUGCGUCCUCAAUGUCGCUGCCGGCAAGGCGCCUAUGCAGGUCUCCACUGAAGACGCAGGCGCACCUCAAAAAGCUUUAGAUGGGAGCACAGCGAUCACCUUCAGUCCGGAAACGUGUACCCUCACGAAAAAAGAAAAAGUGCCCUGGUGGUACGUCAAUCUCCUGGAGCCGUACAUGGUACAAUUGGUCCGCUUAGAUUUCGGGCAGCCGUGCUGUGGCCCGAAUAACCCAGCUGUGAUAGUAGUUCGCGUGGGCAACAACCGGCCAGACCUCGGCAUCAAUCCGAUCUGCAACCGCUACAUCGGUUACCUGGAGGAGGGGCAACCCUUGUUCCUACCAUGCAACCCGCCGAUGCCUGGUGCGUUCGUCAGCGUACACCUGGAAUCUACCACAGACAGCCAGUUGUCGAUAUGCGAAGCCUUCGUGUAUACGGACCAGGCCUUGCCGAUAGAGCGCUGCCCCCAAUUCCGCGACCAGCCACCUGGUUCGACCGCAACCUAUAAUGGAAAGUGCUACGUGUUCUACGAUCGGCAACCAGCGAGCUUUAGGGACGCUCUUGCAUUCUGCCACUCCCGCGGUGGGACCCUCGUGGAUGAGAGCAACUCGGCGCUUCAAGGGUUCAUAAGCUGGGAGUUGUGGAGGAGGCACCGGAGCGACAGCAGUAGCCAAUACUGGAUGGGGGCAGUGCGUGACCCCCAAGACCCGGAGAACUGGAAGUGGGUCAACGGCAAUGACGUCACCAUAUCGUUCUGGAACGCCCCCGGCGGGUCCGAGGGAUGCGCACGAUUCGACGGCAGCAAGGGUUGGCUCUGGGCGGACACCGACUGCCAGAUGAGAUUGAACUAUAUAUGCCAGCACCAGCCACGAACGUGCGGUAGGCCGGAGCAACCUCCGAACUCUACGAUACAAACUGAGAGUUUCGAUGUAGGAGCUACUGUGGAGUACGCGUGUGAUGCCGGCCACGUUCUUGUCGGGCCAACGGUUAGGACCUGCUUGGAGACGGGUUUCUAUGACGAGUUUCCACCUGUGUGCAAACGUAUUGACUGCGGUUUCCCAGCGGCUGUAGCACACGGUAGCUAUGACCUGAUCAAUAAAUCGGUGUCGUAUCUAUCUCAAGUGCAGUAUGUUUGCGAGCCAGGGUACGAAAUGGUUGGGAGAUCUAGGCUUGUAUGUGACAUCGAUCAAAGGUGGAAUGGCCCUCCUCCACGGUGUGACGUGAUACAUUGUGAGCCGAUUCCGACGAUCCAAAAUGGACGAGUACUACACUCCAGUAACGAAACCGUGUAUGGUUCAGUUGUUGAAUUUCUUUGCGCGAAGGGAUUCAAGCGACACGGGCCGAAACGUAUCCUUUGUCUUCCUGCUGGCACUUGGGAUAGCCCACCUCCGCACUGUUAUCCGGAGGAAAUAUCAACAACAACAACAUCAACGACGACAACGACAACAACAGCCGAACCACCCACAACGAUAAAAGUCACGGAAGCAACAACCGCAUCCACCACAUCCACAACGCAAGCGUCGACAACACCACGACUGGUUCUCCCCACAAGGCGGCGUAGACCGACAAUUAUCGAACCAAGACCAACGCCAUUUAAACCACCACCGUCGAUACCAGAUACUACGAAGACAACAGAACGCGCUACACGGGCUCCAGUGAAGAAAGUAACUGAUGUAGAGCACUCUUCAACUAGCCACGUCCCUCAUAUAAUUGUCGCCAGCCACCCCAGGGAAAACCAGGUCUUCGGCAACGGGAACAAUAUAAGAGCUGAACAAACGCCCAGGGUGAACGUCCCUCUGCCCGUGGACGGUGACAGACGGGAGCCAGUUGGAGCCAGGCUAAACAUCGGGGCUGUGGUAGCUCUUGGCGCUUUCGGGUCUCUAGUAUUCCUCAUCGCGAUCAUAACCACGAUCGUCAUACUUGUCAGGAGCAGGAAGCACAAGGGCAAGCGCUACCAACACCACAUCUCGCACGAUUGUAACACGGUAGCGUCCCUCGGUUCCUCGUCGUCAGAGUCCCGCAACGGCCUCACUAGAUACUAUAGGCAGGCGUGGGAGGAUCUCCACGAGGCCGCCGGGGGGCGCCGCUCCCGCCGACACGACAGGGAAGCCCCCAAAGACGGGUCAGAAUUAGUCGUCUCCGACGUGUACCCGGCUCCGAAUAAACGGCGACAUCACCACCACCACCACCGCUCCGAUUGGCAGUCCAGACACCACCACAAAGAUUCUAAGUACUAA